AUCACGAAAAUUUGGAUCUAGCUAUAUAAGUAAGACGUCGCACUAAUUUCACCACUUCACUGCCUACAUUGUCAUUAACAAGUUUGCUCCAAAGAUGUCUCACUAAUUUCUUCUGUAGCAACUUUCUAGUUGCGAAGUUUAGCUUUGCACAAUGGCGUCUCUCCAAUAUGUUUGCGUUUUGGCAUUUGCCACCGAAAUAUCUCAUAUAGAUGAUAACCGAAAGAAACAUGGAUAUGGAACUGAACGAUUCCGGACUCGACUGGUUGGGCGAGGGAAGACAGGGUAUGGGUUUGAUGAAAGGUGACGUAAUGGACAUCGGUACUUUUGUUGAUUCUUUGUCAGAUCCAAAAUCCUUUCCUGACGAAAGGGCGAAUGACUUAGAUAUAUUUCUUUAUGAUAAAGAAACUUUACCGUCUGAUUUUACUGCCUCUGUCAACAAUGUCAGUGGCAGAAAUAUGUAUCCUCUGGGUGAUUCUUUCCUUGACUACUCAUCUCUUCAACUGAGCCAGGAUGUGGAAACAUUUGCAUCCUUUGAUCACCAAAGCUAUGAAGAACUUAUGUCUUCACCAUUAUCAUGCCAUGAUUUAGAAAGCGUGCUUAAUCCUGAUGUGACAACAAAUGACCUUCAGGCCAAGCCAGUACAGCCCUGCACAGAUUUGCCACAUCAAGUCAGUGAAGAUGGGCUGUUGGCAAGCAGCGUGGGAUUAGUGAAAAGUGACAGUGACAGUUCAGAUGCCUUUUCAUCUUCACUUGGCCAUUCAGGAAUUGCAAAUACCCUUUCACCUUCAUCUAGCGAUUCUGGAACUGACUCCUAUUAUCUUGAUAGUUCUCCUUCAAGCACCACUGGCUUCUCAUCUCAGCCUGGCUCUCCCUUUUCACUAGAGAUACUUCCCUCUCCCUUCCCACAACCAGAGAUACUCUCAGACUCUCCACAGCCAGAAAAGUUUCAGGGAAAAGUUAAGGGAUCUAAGUCGUGUCGUACAAAGAAUAACAACCGCCACAGUCCAUAUAAUUCAGACAGCAAAAGUACCGAGUCACCAUCAUUACCGCCAUCAUCACCGUUGCCGUACGAUAGCACUGCAGGGGUAGAACAGCAACAGCUCAGCAAGAAAGAACGGAAGAGGCUCCAGAACAAAAACGCUGCCAUUCGGUAUCGGCAGAAGAUGAAAGCUGAGGCCAAGAUAAGACUUGGUGAAGAGGAAGAACUGUUAAAAGAGAACGCAAAAUUGAAAGAAAAGGUUGAAGACUUGGAAAGAGAGAUCAGGUAUGUGGCUAACUUGAUGGAAGAGGUGAAGAAAGCAAGGUCAAAAUCAUCUCAGCACUGUUAGAGCUUUCUGCCAUCACAACCAACAGCCACUGCACCCUGCGCUGUGCUAGAAACUACUAUGAUCACAUUAGUUUGGUGUUUUUGUUGUUUUUAUUAUUAUUAUUAUUAUUAUUUAUGUGAAACUUUGCUUUGUUAAAAUAAAUUAGUAGUCAUUGUGAACAUUACAUAUAUGCUAGUGGACCAUUUUAUUUUGUUUUCAUCUCCUUUUGGUAACGGUUCAACUAAUUCACACCAAUACUAAUGUGCAUUGUAAGAACUGAACAUUAUACCCAUUACUUAGUGAAUUAAAUUU